AUAUUGACGAGUGUUCUUUUGACCGGACGUGUGACCAUUCCUGCGUCAACUCCCCCGGCAGCUUCCAGUGCUUCUGUCAUAAAGGCUAUGUUCUCUACGGUCUGGCACAUUGUGGAGAUAUUGAUGAGUGCAGUAUAAACCGCGGUGGCUGUAAAUAUGGCUGUGUAAACACUCUGGGCAGCUACGAGUGUACCUGUCCACCUGGAUACAAGCUUCACUGGAACAAGAAGGACUGCAUUGAGCUGGUGAAAUGUCUGCCUGGCCUAGCUCCCAAGACCACUCUGACCUGCAGUAAAACGGGCAAGAAAGAGAGCUGCUCCCUCACCUGCGCCUCCAAGGCUCACUAUCUGGCAGAAUCUGACAGCAGCUAUACAGUGAGCUGUGGCAUCCCCAUUCUUCGAGGCAAAAACCCAGCCAGACUGAACACAAGCAGCAGUCAGAGCUGUAUAGAGACAGGCGCCCCUCCAGUGAAGCAGACUGCCUCUUUCAAGAUCAAAGAUGCCAAGUGCCACCUGCACCCCAAGCUGACGGGCCGGGCCGAGGACAGGGGCCGAGCGCUGGGGCCAGGUGAGGGGCCACAUCCGGCCUACAUGCCAGACCUUGGAGGUGGACAGCCCUGCAAUAACUGCCUGGUGACGUUUGUCAACCUCAAAUGUGACUCCACCAAGAAGUCCAAAGGGCGCCGUGCCCGCAACCCCACCAAUAAGGAAGUGACACGCAUCACCCUUGAGUUGGAGGCGGAAGUCAAGCCAGGGGACACCACAGGGAGCUGUAACCUGAGUUGCCUGCGCCAGCGCAUGGAGAAGCAGGUGAAGACGUACAUCAAGGCCCUGAAGAAGUCGAUCAACCAGGACCGUUUCCUGAUCCGCGUGGCUGGGCUGGAGUACGAGGUGGCCCAGAAGCUGCCCCAGGUCGCCUCAAGCCAUGAGAACUGUGGGCCAGGCCGUGAGAAGGAUAGUGGACACUGUGUCAGAUGUUUGCCGGGAUCAUACUACCACGGGGAACAGGAGCGCUGCGUCCAGUGCCCACCUGGCACCUUCCAGGAGAGGGAAGGGCAGCUGGCCUGUGACCUGUGCCCUGGAAGUGACGGGCAUGGUCCUGCCGGGGCACGCAACAUCUCUUCCUGCGCAGGUCAGUGCCCCACUGGGUACUACUCCAGUGAUGGGUUUAAGCCAUGCCAGCCAUGCCCGUAUGGCUCCUACCAGCCAGACCUGGGACGAACCCUGUGCUUCCCCUGCGGAGGGGGGCUGAGCACCAAGCGGGAGGGGGCCAGCUCCUUCCAUGACUGUGAGGUCAAAGUUCAGUGCUCCCCUGGCCACUACUACAACACUACGGUGCACCGCUGUAUUCGUUGCCCUCUGGGCAGCUACCAGACAGAGUUCAGACAGAACUAUUGCAUUACCUGUCCUGGCAACACAACUACAGACUUUGAUGGGGCCACCAGUGUCUCUCAGUGCAAGAACCGAGAAUGCGGAGGAGAGAUGGGCGAGUUCACAGGUUACAUUGAGUCCCCCAACUACCCCGGGAACUACCCAGCUAACGUGGAAUGCAUCUGGAACAUCAACCCGCCCAGCAAACGCAAGAUCCUCAUUGUGGUGCCUGAGAUCUUCCUGCCCUCAGAGGACGAGUGUGGAGACGUACUGGUUAUGAGGAAGAACUGGUCGGCUACGUCCAUCACCACCUAUGAGACAUGUCAGACGUACGAGCGACCCAUCGCCUUCACCGCCCGCUCCCGCAGACUCUGGAUCAACUUCAAGUCCAACGAGGCUAACAGUGCCCGAGGCUUCCAGAUCCCCUAUGUCACCUACGAUGAGGAUUAUGAACAGCUUGUAGAGGACAUUGUCAGGGAUGGAAGACUCUAUGCCUCUGAAAACCAUCAAGAAAUCCUAAAGGAUAAAAAGCUGAUUAAAACUCUCUUCGACGUGCUGGCCCACCCAAACAACUACUUCAAGUACACCACUCGGGAGUCCAACGAGAUGUUGCCGCGCUCGUUCAUACGCCUCAUAAGCAGCAAAGUCUCCGGCUUCUUGCGUCCAUAUAAGUAGUUGCCACACCAAACCCUAACCCUAAAGCACCAGACCCCAACCCCUCUUACAGGCCAAACACAGAACUCUCACAGGACUUUAAACAAGUUGACCAAAAUAAAAUAAAAAAAAUCUAUUUUUUCAUACUGUAGAGGCUUUGACGACACACUUCGCUAUGCAGUACCACAUGUUGAUCUUCUCCAUCUGUUUGGUUUUAAGCCGUUUCAUUUCCUCCAAAACCAUACAGUCCAUGAAGUCAACCAACUUGAGUCAAAGUACAGUACAGGCUGUCUUUCUCAUCUCUUCUUUCUGAAUAUUUAUCACCAAUACAAUAUGUUGGUGUCUUAGUUUUUUUGCUGUUUCUAUUAGCAUGUAUGACCUUGUAUGUCAUUUUCACAGCAAUCCCCAAUGCGAAGGAUGUGUGCGUAUUUCAGAUGACGCAUGUUAAGUCUGUGUUGACAAAAUGGACAACGGUAGUGGCAUUUAUGUCAGACAAGAAGAAGGAUGUUACAAGGGUAAUAUGUUUGUCACAUUCGUUUAGAGCUGGAACUGAGUUAUCGUAAAUGUGCUUUAAUAAAUAGUCUUUCACUUGAGUUCCAGCUUCAGCUCAAUCCAUUCCAGGACGAGUCUGUUUUGAUAAAUGUAUAACCUUUUGUAGAUCUAUAUCCUCCAUGAACAAGCCUCAAGGAGAAGGACCUGUCAGUUUCAUGUCAUAGUUACAUUCCACAACAUUCAAAGCCUUACUAUUUUUGAGCUCUUAGAGCAACUUCUUGUUAAGGUAUUACUGUUAAAACAGUUAUUCUAUGUUUUUUUCUUCUGUCCAGAUUGUAUAACUGUCUGUUACCUACGUUCAGACAUUUUCUGUUAUUCUAUAUCCAAGUUAACUUAACAAAGCGUAUACAAUGUAGUUUAUCAUUUUUUCCAGAACGUGAUGGACAUUUUGGAAAAUAAAUAGAAAACUAGAUUUGUGAAAGCCACAGGAGAGAGAGAGAGAGAGAAAUGUCUCUGUGGACCAUGACUGGUGAGGGAGAGACAGAGAGACGUCUUAAUUAAGGGACACGCCUCUGUGAUACAGACAAUGUCUUUGUUGGACACAACUCUGUGAGAGAGAGACAGAGAAAUGUCUUUGAGGGACAUACGUUUGCUGCUUCUUUUAAAAAGGUCACUUUAAUUCUUCAAUCUCAAGUUAUUUUUCUGGUGUUUUCUGACCUCGCAUCACACUAACAGUCCAUUGCUUUAAUACAGGGGUGUCAAACUCAUUCUGCUCCAGGGGCCGUAUUCAGUCUUCAACAAGGUCCGGAGGGCCGCACUGAAUUUUUUAAAUAUUUCCUUGCUGUCAAUCAGUUUGGGAAUUUUGAAAUCGUUUUAACGUUCAAGUUUUUAUUGUUUUACUCAAACCACCCGCGGGCCGUAUUGGACCUCACGGGCCGUAUGUUUGACACCCCUGKUUUAAUAUAAAAUAAAGUUGAGAGAGAUGCAUCAUAAGUAUAAAUAUAAUUCUACCACCUGUCCUCAUGUAAAUGAUAGCCACAUCACAUUUGUCUCUUCAUCCAUGGCCUACCAACCCAUUUUAUUGAAUUUUUCUUUCAAUCUUGUAAAUAAUGAAAAUAAAUUAGACGAGGAUUGAAUCCUUUUAAUCCUAAUUAUCUUGAGCAGGACCCCAAACUAUUUUCCACCCAUGUCCGCUUCACCCUCUCCCUAAUCCAAGUACCCCACCCCAGCCCCCUUCCUUCCCAAACACCCAUGUCAGAUUCUGUCCCAAUAAGACCAGCUCUUCCAAAGACUGCCUGCACGGCAGGCCAAGUUAUUAUCUUGUGCACUAGAUCUAGAGCCUGUCAUCCUACCUUUGUUGUAUAAGUGUAAUGAAUUAAGUCUCCAUUGUGUUACUCCUCUCUCUGUGUCCAGAGAAAUACUAAAUAACAAUGUUUUAAUCUGCCAACACAUAUUGAGAACAUAUUCUUGGAUUUCUUUAAAAACAAAUGUGACUGACAUUAGGGUUGUGAAUAAAGUUCAGCAUCCCACUACAAUAAUCGUGAAAAACCAAUAUAGUUGAUCAAUACAAUAAUAUUGCAAUUGAAUUAUUGCUAACAAUUGCAUUGUCAAUGUAAAAGCUAAUGACAAUGAUAACAAGUAAUCCCCUCAACACUCUCAAACCCUCAUUGAAGACAAAUAAAUAUAUUACUGCUCAUAAACAUCAUAUGGAUUUCCCUUGCAAACUCUGAUGGUUUGUUUUUUUUCAGUUUUUGUUGUAUAUAAAAGAGAAAAUAAAAAGUGUAAACAGUAAAAGCUACUGUACACAACCUUUAGAUAGUGUACAUGUGCUUCUGGAUAAGGGAAAGGGAUUUUGACCACAUUGCUAAAUUGUAUGACAAGGGUGGUCUAGCCUUGCAGACCAGAGGAACUGUUUAAUACAAGUCACACAUAAUGCCAUAUCUGUAUCCCUUUGAAUGUUUCCAAAAAAAGCCUAGCUACAUUUAUGGUUGUCUUAAGUUGCCAUUACUAUUUAUAUCAUCCAGUUUUUUCUUCAGCAUUUCGAUGUCAAUAGCGCUCACUGCUCCCACCUACCCCAACUCACCAUUCCCUCCCUCCUUCAUCUUCCUCCCUCUGUCCCUGCAACCUGAACACGUCAGAGGUUUCUGUUUUGUAGCUUUUUUUUAAACAUGCGUUUGCUAUGAUGUAUCAUAGAGUUGAUAAUGGUAUUUGCACUUGAAAAUUGUUAUUUCUCAUGUAAAAAUGUCUGGAUUUUGUAUUGUCUUUUUAAAUGAAUGGAAUUGGUGUUCUUACAUUUCUUGUAGCUCUCGUUUGUUCUUUAAAAUGCUCAUUCACUGUGUUCAACCCAUAAAGAUGAAGAUGCACACGUACAUGUAACUUUAUCAACUGUAUAAAAAAAUUAAGUAAAAAAAAAUAAAGAGUAUGUACAGAGGUGAAAUGAAAACACUUAUCAAAAUAAACAUACUGUAAUUGAGUUUAA